AUGCAAACACGUCCGUCGAAUAGACAUAAAAGGAACACUGCUCAAAGCAUGAGGGAUCAUGAAAAAAUACAAAAAAGAUUGCAAUCAAAUGGCGUUAUGCCCGACUACAUUUCUGCUUUUCUGGAAAAAACAUAUGGACGUUACUUCACAUCAGCAUCACUACUUUUACUAGCAAACAAUGCUGUUUCAAAGCUCAAUUUAUCAAUCGAUCGAUUGGCUAAAAGAAAUCGUCAGGCACUCCUAUGCUGGUAUGCAGAAAACUGGGAAAAAAUUUUCCCGCUUAUCUCGAACUCUGCAUUUGCCCACAGUUUGAUUCAUGGAAACAUUGAUUCCGAUGAAUCAAAUGAAGAGAGAAUCAAUUUAAUUGAGAUAGAAUACAAUAAUCCUAUUGAUCCAAGGGACAUAUCUCAACUUUUGAAUUCGCAUUAG